AAAUAUGAAUUUUUAUAUUAUAUUUAUUGUAACUUUUCUACAUUGCUACGUGAAUGGGGUGCUUACAAAUAGGUUAACAAUGUUUAGGGGUCGACCCAACGACAUGUAUGGUAUGGUUAGACCACCCGUUCCUGAUCCGGAUGAAGUAAUUAAGGAAAUUAAACCGCAAUACUAUGAUCAGAGACUCAACCAUUUUGACGAUAAAGAUAACCGCACUUUCAAACAGCUGUAUUACACCGACGAUUCCCACUACAAAACUGGUGGACCGGUAUUUGUGAUGAUACAGGGGGAGGGGGACGCCAGUCCUGAAUGGGUCACUAAUAGCGCCAUUUUUAUGGUCAAAAGUGGCAAACAAUUCAACGCAUUUAUGGCAACAUUAGAGCAUCGGUACUACGGGGAGUCCCAACCGUUCAAUGAUACAUCCGUUGAACACCUGAAAUACCUGUCCAGUGAACAGGCGUUGGCCGACACGGCUGAGUUCAUACAGUAUUUGACCAAAAAGUUGUCACUUUCAGGCAAAGUGGUUGUGUUUGGGGGCUCUUAUGCCGGAUCAUUGGCCGCCUGGUUCAGGGAGAAGUACCCCAACAUAGCUGUCGGCGCCAUAGCGUCCAGCGCUCCCGUGUUGGCUGAAGUGGACUUCAAAGAGUAUUUCGGUGUCGUUAGCGACUCAUUGGGAACGGAGUGCUCACAGAAUAUUAGAAAAUCCUUUGUGGGAAUCCCACUCCCCAACAUAAGGUUUGACUGGACUCCCGCAUCACUCCCGCGGGACCCUCAUUACUCCGUCCACUCCCGCACAUACCUCGUACAAGCCCUGUACUUCAAGCUAUAA